GUUAUUCAUCAUCAGUGUCCUUUGCUACUUUAAAUGUGAUUUAUCAUUGACCUGGCUCUUAAUGAGACAAUUUAUCAUAGAAACACUUCAUAUUGAACAAAACACUUAGCGCCUUAUUAAAUGUGAGUUACCCGGUGGGCAGAACACCCAGGUCAUUGUACAGUAGCGUACAGUUCACUGCUAGCUCACAUUUCAGAAAACAAACAAUUAUGAUAAAUAAUAAGAUGGGGUAGAAACAAAAUGAAAACUAUUUAGCAUGCUUAUAUUUAUGAGUCACGUGCAGUCUUUUCAGAACCACAGACAUUUCUCAAUGAUAAAUGCCUUUAAUCGCCAAUAAAAUGUAUCAAAUUCACUGAAAUAUGCUGCCCUCAAGCGGUUGCUCAAUGGCGAUACAAGAUGUCCAAUUUCAAGCAUUUCAUUGGUUGAAUCGACGUUAGCAACUGGAAGGCGUCCUCUCUCUUGCCCUAGUAACAGUACCAGAAACAUGGCUGAAGAAAAGAAAGAAGUUCAUCGGACUAAACGUAUUUUCGUCAACAAUAUCGAUACUUAUUCAUCAAAGUAUAUUGCCAAGUUUUUGUCAACCUGCAUAGCUGGACAGUCCCUGGAAGAGGUCGACGCAGCUGUAGAUGACGAAGACAAACCCAUUCAGGAGCCUUCACUUAGAGAUGGAACAUUUCAAGUCGUCGGAACCGUUGGAACCAAAGAGGGAAACGAGGACACUUUUGCCCUGGAACAGUAUUCAUCAUCAAGUCGGGAAGAGCUGUUGUUGCGCCUUUUGGAAUGUGAUGUUGUGGUUUACAACAUCUCAGAAAAUGCAACGCCAGAGUUAAUUGAUGAGGCGACAUGGGCUUUGACUGCAAUUCAUGCACAGAUGGACGGAUGGACUUCUCAGAAGAUGUUUAUCCUGGUGUCAUCUGUGAUGACAUGGGCGUUGAGCACUUCGGAUGACCCAGAAUUACCUUUCACAGAGGAUGACUACCGUAAGAAGAAGCCUCACCCGAACUUCAAGGAGCACACCAAUCUGGAGAAACUGUUGCUCAAACUGGGAAAAGUGAAAAAGUCGAAGUUGACCUGUUAUGUGGUAGCUGCAGGUCUUCAGUACGGCAUGGGAGAAAACAUGUUUCACUUCUUCUUCAAGGCGUCAUGGCAAGGACAGUUUGAAAAAGUUCCCAUUUUUGGUCGAGGCACAAAUGUUAUCCCAACUGUCCAUAUCAACGAUCUUGCCGGGGUGAUCCAGAAUGUUAUUGACCACAAGCCAAAGAUGCACUAUUUCCUUGCUGUAGAUGACUCCAACAACACAUAUGAAGAUAUUGUGAAGGCUAUAAGUCAUGCACUGGGACCUGGCAAAAUCAACACAGUCCCCAAAGAAGAAGCUUACAUCACCAAGGCUUUGACUUCGUCAGUUCUGGAUUACUUCAGUGUUAACCUACGGAUCGAACCAGCCUUAAUUAAAGAGAGUUUCAACCUCCGCUGGGUGUCAGAGGCAGGAAUAGUUGAAAACAUUAGUGCUGUCGUGGAAGAAUACAAAAAACUGAGACAUCUGCUUCCAGUGACAAUCUGCCUUAUGGGGCCACCAGCAGUGGGAAAAAGUACAGUCGCAGAGAAACUGUGCAAGCAUUACAAACUGCACCACAUUAAGAUCAAAGACACCAUCGAUGAGAAACUAGCUUUUCUGGAAGAUGGACUGAAUGUGGGACUGGAGAGUGAGGCUGAAGACUCUGUCAGCUCUACUCAGGACCUGCUUAAUGCCUUGAAGGACAACAUGACUCAAAAUGAUGGCCGUCUGGAGGAUUUAUAUGUGAACCGCAUUCUGCGGGACAAGCUGAACUCAAAGCAAUGCCGAAACCAAGGGUAUGUUCUUGAUGGCUACCCGAAAACCUAUAUCCAAGCCAAGGAUUUGUUCUAUGAACAAGAAAUGGAAUCAAUGUACAGUCCCACCAGUAAAAUUCCCAUGUACAACAAAAAGAUAAUUCCAGAGUUUGUUUUCUCCUUGGAGGCAUCAGACAACUUUCUGACAGAGAGAGUGCAGAACCUUCCAGAAGGUUUGGUGGAGAAGAUGCAUUACAGACGGGAUGAGUUCUUGCGGCGUCUGGAGAAGUAUAGAGAGAUGAACGUGGAGGACGAAACUGUGCUGAACUACUUUGAUGAGCUGGAGAUUCACCCAGAGCAUAUAGAGGUCAAAGAUUCACAAGACGUUGAGUACACAGCAGUUGUUGAAAAGAUCAUGAAGGUGGUGGGGUCACCCAGGAACUACGGGCCCACCCCGGAGGAGAAGGAGGCGCAGGACAGGAGGAUGGCAAAGGAGAGACAGCACACAACGGCUCUGGAGGCAGCAGAGAACAAGCGCAGAAAGGCGGCCAUAGCUGCUAAAAUGACUGCUCAGCUGGACGAGUGGAACCGGCAUGUGGCUGAGGUGAAAAGGCAGGAAUACGAGCUGCAGGAGGCCCGAUCCAUCCCACUGAGGAACUACCUGAUGCAGUAUGUGAUGCCGACUCUCACCAAGGGCAUGGUAGAGUGCAGCAAAGCUAAACCCGAUGAUCCGGUUGACUUUUUGGCUGAAUAUCUUCUUCGGGACACUUCACAAGAUUAAAGCAUAAUAGGUUGUCAACUUUACUAAAUACUUGGUCUGGUUUUGAGUAUUUCAACAAAGGUAUUAUUAUUCUGUGUUAACAUUGAUGUACAAUUGAGUGUUCUCAUAAUAAUAAAAUAUAGUCA